GAUGGGGUUGUGCUCGGAUGGUGCAGUGUGUCCGCUUUCGGACCCUCAGCUUCUGUGGGACCUCCGUAGGAGCCGCCCCCCACCCAUUCACUCCUCCCUCCUUGAAAUCCCUCCCCAUUGAGUACCUCCGUAGCAUCCGCUGGCACAGGGGGUAGCUGUGACACCUCCCCUCUUGCUGCCGCCAUACGGUGGUGGAAAGAGUGUACUGCCUGGUGGUAAUAGACUGUACUUGUGACUGCAGAGAUGGAGAAGGAACUGAGAGCUGAGCAAGCUGCUGAGCAGUACCAGUGCUGUGGGCUCCUGCAGCAGGACCUGACAGAGCUCUGUGCCCGGGCUGGCAUCAUCUCCAUCCCCAGGGUCACUGUGCGGCCUUUCCCUGCAGCAGCUGAGGGUGCGGAGCCCCACAGGCUGGGAGAGCACUGCAUCCAGGUGGAGCUGCAGAACGACGACCCCCGGAGUGUCUGCGGGGUCUUCCUGCGAGGCUGGAAAGUGGAAGAGGAGAUGCUGGGUGUUCUCAGCAAGUGCCUGCCAGCCCUGGGCAACCUGAAAACCUUGAACCUCUGGAGCACCGGGCUGACCGACUGCAUGCUUCCUGCACUGGGCACAAUGGUGGCAAGCUGCUCCCAGCUCUGGUCGCUCACCCUGGAGGGGAACCCUUUGCCUGAGAACUCUUUCCAUGUGCUGAUGGGGGCCAGCAGCACGCUGUCCCACCUGUCUCUGCGCAACAACUGCAUUGAUGACACGGCUGCACAGCUGCUGGGUCAGGGUCUCUCCACCAUGAGCUCCUCUAAUCACAGCCUGCUCUCAUUGGUCCUCAGCUUCAACUGCAUCUCAGAUGUGGGCGCGGGGCACAUCGCUGAGGGGCUGCGCUGGAACCGCUCACUGCUCUCCCUGUCCCUGGCCCAUAACCGCAUUGGGGACAUUGGGGCCCAGAAGCUGGCAGAGGUGCUGCAGCCCUUCAAGCUGAGGCACGAGGAGGUGGUGGAGCGGAGGAGGCUGCUGAUGGAGGCUCAGGGGCAGCCCCGUGCAGCUGCACCCAGCGGUGGAUAUGCCCCGAGCCUGCGGGGCAGUGAUGCUGCAGUCAGGCUGUCUCCAGCCAAGCAGAGCAAGAGCACAACCAAAAAGAAGGAGCGGCUGCGGAAGGAGGAUGUCAAGCAGAGCAAGAAGCUGACGGCCCCCUCAGAUCCCCGACCCGGCCGCAGCCGUGGUACAAAGGGUGUCAGCGAGGAGAAGCAGAGCACUCAAGCACUGCAUCCGGCCGAGCCCACCCACCCACUGCUGGAGCCAGGCCUGCACCGCGAUGGCCAUGUCAUCCUGCCUGGGAACCGGGUGCUGCUCAACCUCAACCUGGCCCACAACCGCAUCACGGAGCGGGGCCUGGGCGCGUUGCUGGCCGCGGUGGAGGGGCAGCAGCAGCAGGAGGGAGCCGGGGGGCAGCAGGGGCUGCGCCGCCUCUCGCUGCAUAGGAACAGUUUCCCCACUGCCUGUGCGGCCUUCACUCGGCUCCAGGAGCUGCUGCAGCAGCGGGACCCCCUCCCCCAGCCUGCGGAGGAUGAGGAGGAGCACAGCCUGGAGCCCUGACUGCCACGUGUGCCUGCGUUUGAGGACUAGCGCCUUUCUGGGGCUUUUCUUUAAAAAAUUAAAGUUAUUAUUUUACGGCCACAUGCCAGGAA